AUGGAGAAGCAAGGUAUUGAUUGUUUGAGGAUUGCAAAUUUAGACUAUGCACUUCGGACGGAGCAACCCGCCCCUCUUACUGAUGAAAGUUCCGAUGAGGAUAAACGGAAUUUUGAGAGGUGGGAACACUCCAAUCGCAUGAGUCUUAUGAUUAUGCAACAUACCAUCCCUAAAAACUCUCGCGGUACUGUCCUGAAAGAAGCAACUGCUAAGAAAUUCCUCGAGGCAAUUGAUAUGAAUUUCGCAAGCAAUGAAAAGGCCGAACCGACUUCAUUGAUGCAUAAACUUGUGACCAUGAGGUAUAAUGGACGAGGGGAAAUUCGGGAGCACAUUAUGGAAAUGUCAAACACUGCUUCAAAGCUUACGACACUUAAUUUACGAUCAAUGAUGAUCAACUAG